GUACGCCCUCCUCCCGUCAUUGUUACAUCUGAGCUCCAUCCAUAUCUACACAGGUCGAGAAAGUUAUUCUCUGCACGAAGUCUCCAAUUUCGCCUCUCUUUUUUCAAUUAGGGUUUGGCUCUCUCUCUCUCUCUCAUGGACUCUCUGCUAGCGACCUAUGCCUCCUCAGACGAAGAUGAACAAGAAGUUAAACACGAGCGAUCUGAAUUUUCGGUUGGUAAGACCUCUACCUCUCUCUCUUCUUCCCUCCCAGCCCCCAAAUCUUCUUCUUCUUCUUCUUCCUCUCUCUUCUCUUUUCUCCCCCCUCCCAAACCCCACGUCCCAACCCUACCAUCACAAACCCUAACCCACCCCUCUCCUUCAAAACCCAUCACCCAAUUGCACAAACAACAAGAAAAUCAAUCACAAUCGCGAACAAAGGAAAUUCCUAAACCUCCCUCUUCCUCUUCCUCUUCUUCUUCUUCUAUUUUCUCUUUCCUUCCUCCACCCAAGUCCAAAAAUUCGGACCCAUUUGCCCUUGCCAAUCUUUCAUCCACUCCAAACCCUAAACCCAAAAAGAUUAUUCAUCUGAAGCUUCCAGUAAACCCAUAUCGGAGGAAAUCUAAAGACAGUGAUGAUGAUGAUGACGAUGACGAUGACGAUGAUAAGGAGAGGGAAGGGAAAACGAAGGCUACGGAGUCUGUAACCGAGACUGCAUCCGUGAAGUCAUUCCUAUCGAGCAUUCCGGCUCCCAAGAACUCGUCCGCACUGGGUUCUUUGCCCUCUGCUGCGGGCUCGGGUCGAAGAUCAAUUCUUGAAGCCGAUGUAACAACGUCGUUUAGCUCGAAUGCUUAUAGCAGUAAUGCUGAAGUGGGUGUCAAUGAUAAUGGACAAGUGGUUGAGGGGUUGUCUUCUGCUUCUUUUGGAGAUGUGGGAAAUUCUGCACAAUAUGUAGUUGAGAGUGGUGGUGGCGAUACUUCUGGUUGGGUUUCAUCUAGUACAAAUUAUGAGAAUUAUGGGAACUAUGAUUACUACGGGCAGUAUGAGAGUAAUUGGGGUGAUGGCUCGACGACAGUGGCGCCGUCUGAUGUGGCGGGAACGGUUGAAAGUGUGGUGAAAGUGCCUGGGAAGAGAGGUAGGAAUGAUGUUCCUCAGGAAAUAAUCGAGGUGAAACAGGAUGAAUUGAUUAAGAACCGGCCACGGGAAGACCAGGUCAAAUUAACUGGAAUAGCUUUUGGGCCUUCUUACCAGCCUGUUUCAACCAAAGGGAAGCCUUCGAAGCUGAUGAAGAGGAAGCAUCAGAUUAGUUCUUUGUACUUUGAUAUGAGACAGAAAGAGAUGGAACUUACAGAGCGUCGAGCCAAAGGCUUCCUAACAAAAGCCGAAACACAAGCCAAGUACGGUUGGUGAGUUCAAGGUGACUUUGCUUCCUCAUCUUCUGUAAUUGACACUGGAAGCAAGUUGUAAUCUCUCUCUUACUCUCUCUGAUGUAAGAAGUUGAAGUUACUGAACAAACCUUUCCAGCUUGUAACAGGUUUUACUUCAAAUUUGUUCUUGUUACUACUUUA